AUGCAACAAACAACCAAUCAACCGUCGCCUACAACACAACCAUCAGUUCAAGUGGAAGCGGGAAGUAGUAAGAAAGGGAAAGGGAAAGAAAAAUCAAAAGGGAAAUCAAUAGCGGUGGAAUCUGAAAAUGCAGACGUUCCACAAUGGUGGACACCGGAGGAGGAAUACGCUUUGACGGCAGCUUGGUGUGCUAUUUCAAAAAACGAACUUCGCGGAAAUGGAAUGAAAAAAGGAGCUUAUUUGGGAGCGGUGCUCGACAAGUUUCACGCUAUUUUAAAGAAAAAUCUGUAUCGCAACAACGACAUGUUGAGCAGCAAAUGGGGUAUGAUAACUAAGCGGUGCAGCAAAUUCAACAGUAUUUACAACCGGCUUGAGGCGCAACAACAAAGCGGAACCAACGACUUCGAUUUGUUCAAAUCGGCUAAGGAACAAUAUCGGGUCGAAAUGGGUCAUGUUUUCAACUUUGAAAAAUCAUGGGAAUUGUUGCGAGCGGAUCCAAAGUGGAAUAAAACGCCUGCAUCGUCGGAGGUUUAA